GCCUUUGCUUUACAUCUUGUAAACACCAACUACACGUGAAUCCCUUCGGGUCGGCACUGUUGGGCCUUCUCUUGGACGUCAUAUGAUCGUCGCAAGAUGGACUCUUCACUAAUAGAAGAAACCGAAACACAUAUCACACCAACAAUAAAGAAGAGGAAAUGUUUAAUUGGUGAUGUACAUCUAAAGCAAAAUGCAAAGGCAGAACCUUUAUUAGUGUCUUUCUCCAAUGGACGAGUGUUGGACAAUGCUGAUUUAAAUGGAACACUGUACCAGAACAUUUCUACAAGCAAGCGUCGCAUGAGGCAAAGAGUUUUUGUUGUUGAUACACCAAAGAUGAGAUAUGCAGGAAAAAAUUUUGGUUUGACAGCUGGAACAACCUCAAGGGAAUCUGUCUUCAUUGGAGUCCUGGACAAAAACACUGGAAAAAUGGAGCUUGUGGAGACAAGUUCAUUCUUACUUCAUCCAGUUCUUGAAGACAUCAAGUCAACAAACCAUCACCUAAAAGACACCGUUCACUCUCUGACACUUGAUGAAAAGCAAGAGCAGGUUGCAACUUCCUUUGGAACUAAAAAAGCUAAGCAGUAUGUCAACAGACGCAAACAAUAUCAGGUAAACACAGAGGAUAUGGCACUUGCAAUAGAUCAAGCAGCUUCUGCUGUUGAUUUGAAAUCUGAAGACUUGGAGCAGGAUGGGGAGGAGAAGGAUCCCUUACUUUCUAUUUUACCAGAAUGUGAUAGAGAUGCUUCGAACAUCGAGGAUGUAUACAAGCUCGAAGUGAUUGCUCCAGACUGCUUCCUUUGUAACUUUGAGAAAACUGCAAGACAUCUUUUGGCAGGGAAUGAUCCAGAUGAAAAUUGUUCAUUACUCUUCAGAGAAUUAUUAGCCAGUGCCAAGCUAGAAGAGGAGGAAGAGAAACAACUGCGACUGACUUGUGUAGCACUUUAUGUGGAAACACUUCUUAAGUUCCUAAGGCUUAAAGAUAGAGAACUGAAAAAUGCUCUCCAGGAUUGUGCAGCAAAAGUCCGCAGGCACAUCUUUCAUAAAUACACGGAGAUGAUUAAUCAGAAAAGAAUGCGAAACCGAGAGGCAACAGAUCGAGCGAUGGUCUGCCUUCUGAUCCUAGCUUUCAUAGCAAACAAAUAUCAGUUGUCUGUGAGUGCAUUACUGCAGUCAAUAAACAUUACCAGAGACAGGUUAGAAGUUGUGAUGAGGGUGAUAGGAGCUUCAUAUAUGCGUUAUAGCAAUUCAUACAAACUUCAGUUGCCUUUAGCUAAAGUGGCCAAGCAAUUUUCAGGCAAGAAACAAAGAAAAUAAGAAAACACUAAAUAAAAUAUCCUAUGAAUUUAUCACUUCUGUGAUAGGUUUGCUGGUUUUUCAAUAUUGAACAAACCUUUGAGCCAAUGUUUUUAUUUUCCUUACCAAAAGUAUGCACAAAAAAAUCAAAUACAGUAGUAGUAGUAGCAGUGGUAAAUAUGUAAUAAGUAUUUUGAUUGUGCAAUAUAUUUGGUAUUGUAAAAGCACAGAGGGCAAUUGAAAGGACUGAAAUAAAUGAGAAUCCAUGCUC